UAGCGACGGGACUUUUGCACCAGAUUUAUUACUCAUACAUAGACACACACACACACACAGAGACAAGAGAGAGAGAGAGAGAGCGAGAGAGUCUGUCCAUCGUCAUAGGAAGGAAGGAAGACUGUGUGGAUCGAUUAUGAUCCACUAAGUAGUUUAGCGGCUUUCCACUUUGUAGAUAGUUUACUUUUUUGGUUUUGUCCAAAAAUUAUUGCUGACAGACAACGAAGGAGAUCAAAUGGAUUUUGCUGGACCUACUUCGUUCCUACGUACUACUGUUUCAACUUGUGGCUGACCACAAAUUAGGGCUUUUGUUUUGUUUUGUUUUCGGUUUGCUUAUUGUUGGAACGUUGUGCUUCUUGGAUGUGGAAAAUAAGUGAAAUAGUGUCGAGCGGCGAAGAAGAAAGGAUGGACGUGGAACUGAAGAAGGAAAAUGAGGAGAAAAAGAAGACGAACAAGAAAGCAAGCUCGUUAUCGGAUAUGAGUAAGCGGGAGAGUUAUCUUAAUCUUCCUCGGAUGCUUCUUAGAGUUCUGCUGGUAGAAGCGGACGACUCCACUCGUCAGAUCAUUGCUGCUUUGCUUCGUAAAUGCAGUUACACAGUUGCUGCUGUCCCUGAUGGUUUAAAGGCAUGGGAGACAUUAAAAGGGGGAACUGACAAGAUAGACCUCAUAUUGACGGAAGUGGAGUUGCCAUCGAUCUCUGGAUAUGCGCUUCUCACCUUAAUUAUGGAGCAUGACAUUUGUAAAAAUAUUCCAGUUAUCAUGAUGUCGUGUCAUGAUUCAAUUAGUGUGGUCUUGAAAUGCAUGUUAAAAGGCGCUGCUGACUUUCUCAUUAAGCCUGUGAGGAGGAAUGAGCUGAAGAACCUAUGGCAGCAUGUUUGGAGAAGACAAAUGCAAACUGCUGGGCAUGUUCCUCACAAUAGAACAGCUGCAAAACGCGAAGUUGAAGCCGUCUCUGAAAACAAUGCUUCAAGCAAUCAUUCGAGUGAUUGUCUGGCUUCUACCAAGAAAAUAAAUGAAUGCAGUGAGAAAGGAAGUGAUGCUGAAAGCUCUUGUACAAUGCUUUACUUGGAAGCUGAGGAUGCAUACAUGGAAAAUAUGCAGGGUUUGUCACAGAUAAAUUUUGAAAGAGCAUCAUCUGAUGAAAGCAAUAUAGCAAGGCAUGAAGCGUGUGGAGAAUUAGUUGAGAAAUUGCUUAUGUCUAAUAAUGAAACAGGAGGAAAAUCAAGUGUGUCUGGAUCAGAUGUUGCUUCCUGCAAUGAAUGUUAUAGUACAACUGGACUCAGAUCGGGAGAAGACCAUACAUUGAAUAAAAAUGCAGGUGCGUGUCUAGAAAGUUAUGGAGACUACAGAAAUAUCAUUGGUGAGAAUGACCGGUGCACUGAUGAACUUGUUGAGCCCUCAAGUGAAGCCAUUGACUUGAUCAGCAAAUUUGAAUACCGCCCAACAGACAUUGCUGGAUGUUCCGGCAGUGUUGCUCCAUACUUAGAACUUUCUUUGAGAGGAUCCUAUCCCAGUUGCUCAAAAGAUGUACGGACUAACCAACGGCAUACUCUACACCACUCCAACGUCUCUGCCUUUUCACGGUAUGAUAAUAGGAAGAUUCUGCAACCACUUUUUCCAACAUGGGCCGGUAAUUGUGCUGAACCAAAGGAGGUUGCAAGUACUGAUCAAUUGCCUCAAAACUACUCUGGUGUAUAUUUGUCACAUAAUGCUGCUUUGAGUAGUAGUCAGGAAAACAUGACCACUACGGUUGGCAGCCAAUCUAGACAGAGUAAAGCAGCAUUUCCAGGCUCUCAACUUAGUUUCAUUCCUACCACUCGGGAAAGGUUUGAUAGUUUGUGUGCCUACCAUGGCCACAUGUUUCCGCCCAUACUUCAUACUCAUUCAGUGUUUCCCCCAGUGUGGAGUUCCAAAUCAGCUGGCCAGCUGGCCCCUUUGCUGAUGAGUGACUCACUUCAUUCUGUUUCUGAUAUUAACAACUCAAUACAAGGUAAUCACACAUUUGAUGAAACUAUCAACCACUCUGCCGGCCAGACUGUGCAACAGGAAGAUAUCAAUGUGGAGCCGGCAGAAGUAUUGACCCCUGGUCUGAUUGGUGACAGUGGCUUCUUUGAUGGUGUCAGAAGUAACCUUACCAACGGUGUGUGUGAAAACAUAUGCGAUACAGUUGAUGGCAAUGCCACUCCAGCUGCAUCAGUUUCUAGAGGCAUUAUUUCUGAGGCUGCUGUGAAUGACAGCCAUCUCAUUGUUCAGGAUGAGCUGAAAAGAUUGGAUUCUCUCUGCUCCACUCAAAGGGAAGUAGCUCUAUUAAAAUUCCGUUUGAAACGAAAAGAUCGAUGCCAUGAGAAGAAGGUAUGUUCUUCAUUAUAUUUCUUGAAUUGGCCAUGUGACAUCAUGGAUGGAUGAACGAUUUUAAUGACAGAACUCUGUCCCAGGCAUAUUUUUGAUACUUAUUUGUAUUAAUGCAUCAUGGUACGGUGAUCGAGUGCCAUCACCACUCUCGUGGUGAUUUCAUCAUCAACUUUUUCUUUUUUAUUGUAUAAGUGAAGAUAAUGGUGUGGAAUUCCACAUGUAAUUCUUAUACUGAUAUGCAUACCUGUGGUUGAUUGUGGUGAAAACAUCAUAUGUAAGGCAUGAUCCAUGUAUAUAGAUAUUUUAGAUUCUUCAUUGUGAAAUUUCCAUCCACAGGUUCAAUAUCAAAGCAGGAAAAGACUUGCUGAGCGGCGUACUGGUGUGAAAGGACAGUUUGUACUGUGUGAAAGGACAGUUUGUGCGUCUGGUGCAAAUUGGAUCUUCUCCCACUGAUUUUGAUGGCGGCCCGUGAGACUUGCCAAGGCUCUUUUGCUUCAUCCCUUCUAUGGAAUGCUGCAAAAGUUUGUUUUCCUAAUGACUUGGUAGCAUUUGUAGGAAGAAAAUGUGAUUGUUUGGUGCACAGGUUGUUUGUGUGUUUUUGUAUAAUGAGAGCUAAUAUGUAGAAGCGUGUAAUGUAAUGAGACAAUGAAAGGGAAACGCAUGCAAGUUUAUCUGACGUAGCUGUAGGUUUCAACUUGAUAUUUUUCAUUUUAAGGGGGGUAGUGUUGUGAUUAUUUAAGUGUGCUGAUCCAGCCUCAGUUUCUUUUGUGUGUAUCUAUGUACAUUGUUCUAUCUUCAUGGAAGUGAGUGGGUUGGUUGGGUUAAAAUAUAUAUAUAUAUAUAUAU